CGUAGGGAACCAGGGGGAUGGUUGUGUUUGUGCGAAUGCUGUAUAGGAGUCAAGCAAUCCUCCCCUUCGACUCUCUCUUCCAGUGGCGGUUUCGGGGAGUCUAGAAUUUGCUCUCGCGCUCGUCUGCGGCCAAUUCCGCCACCUCUCCAAUUUCUUAAACCCUCUCUAUCAACAGUCUUAUCAACAACAGCUUCACUGGGAUGCAUUAGGUACGGGGUUGGGAUUGAGACUUAUAAUGGGAGCUGUCAGUCCAAGUGUGUAUUAGUCUUUGUCUCAUUAGCGAUGGCGUGCCACUUAUUGAAGCUGCGGGUGACAAGCAUGGCGGCGCUCUUCUCACGUCAGUCUUCUCUGGCUUCGCUUUGUUCUCCCAACAAGUUGCUUGUUCUUAAGGCAUCACGAAAAUGGAGCCCUCGAGCAUCGAUCAGAUGUAUGUCAACUGUGGAUUCCUCCGCAAGCGCUUCCUCAUCUUUGACCCCUUUAGAGCGUUUGCGGCAGCGACAAAUGCGGGAUGCGGUUAAGCUUCAGAAGCUUAAUCCUCCUAUGCCAGAGCCAAGGGUAAUGAAGGAAACUGUCCCAGGUCUUGUUCGUUUUAAUGAUUUAGGACUGAGCGACGAGGUAAUGGAGGCAGUGAAAGAGCUGGGACUUAUGGAGCCUACAGAAGUUCAGGCUAUUGGAAUUCCAACAGUACUUGCUGGCGAAAAUGUUGUUAUGGCAUCACACACGGGUUCUGGGAAAACACUUGCUUACUUGCUUCCCAUUGUUCAGGCUUUAAGAAGAGACGAAGCAGCAUCAGGAAAAUUCACUAGGGCUAGGAGGCCGAGGGCUGUUGUACUCUGCCCCACGCGGGAGCUAGCUGAACAGGUCUUUAGAGUCGCAAAGUCUUUGUGUCAUCAUGCUCGGUUUCGAGCCGCCAUGGUGGGUGGGGGUAGCCGAAUGAAAACCCAGGAGGAUUCUUUGAAUAAGGCUAUAGACCUCAUAGUUGCCACUCCAGGAAGGCUUCUCAUGCAUAUUGAACAGGGCAACAUGGCCUACGGUGAUCUCAAGUAUGUGGUGUUGGAUGAGGCUGAUACUAUGUUUGACAAAGGCUUCGGUGUGGAAGUGAGGAAAUUUCUCAAUCCACUGCGAAAUAGGUCACGGCAGCCUGAAGGAGAGCCGUUCCAAACAGUCCUAGUGACUGCCACCAUUACAAAGGCAGUGCAGUCGUUGUUGGAUGAAGAAUUUCCAGGCAUUAAGCAUAUCUAUACGUCCACCUUGCACAAGAAGGUCACUAAUGCUCGCCACGAUUUUCUUCGUCUAGUGGGCACAGAAAACAAGCUAGAAUCCCUUAUACAGAUUUUGGAGCCAGAGCUUGCUAAAGGCAAAAGAGUCAUGGUAUUCUGCAACACUUUGGGCUCAUGCCGAGCAGUUGAUCACUUUCUAUCAGAGCGAGGCACAACGUCUGUCAAUUACCAUGGAGCUAUUCCUGCGGAUGAGAGGGUAGAAAACUUGGAAAAGUUCAAAAACGCUGAUGAGGAUUCUUUGCCAGCAUUGGUUUGUACUGAUCUGGCAGCUCGUGGUUUGGACCUUGUUUGUGAUCAUGUCAUCAACUUCGAUUUUCCUCUUAACCCUAUUGAUUACUUGCAUCGCACCGGAAGAACGGCGCGCAUGGGGAGAAAAGGUAUGGUGACAAGCUUGGUGACGAAGAGAGACCAGACUUUGGCAAUCCAACUGGAGGAGGCAAUGCGCAAGGGGGAGUCUUUGGAAGGGUUGACAAAUAGUCGGGAGAAGCUGGCCAACAUCAAAAAGAAAGAAAUUGAAGAGAAGAGGAAAGCGAAGGCUCAGAAAUUAGGUGUAUCGUUGAAAUAUUCAAACACCCAAGGAAGCAAAACAAAAAGCAGUUUACGAGGGACACGAGGCUCUGCAAGAGUUAGCAAUGAAGGGGCUUCUAGUAGCAGCAGCUCAAGAUCAGGUAGCAGCUCAAGGCCAGGUAGCAGCUCAAGGCCAGGUAGCAGCUCUAGGUCAGGUAGCAGCCUAAGUAGUAAUUCAAGGACAAGAAAUAACUCACGGUCCAAAAGUGCUACUACCAUGAGCAGAAGAUGAAAGAAUAAAAACUAUUGAGUUCAAUUUGCAUUAUGAACCAUCUGUUCA